GGUCUGUCUGCUCUUAGAGCUGCAAACGGUGAUGGAGACGCCUCUCGAGAAGGCCCUGACCACCAUGGUCACCACUUUUCACAAAUACUCGGGGAGAGAGGGCAGCAAACUGACUCUGAGUAAGAAGGAACUAAAGGAGCUGAUCAUGAAGGAGCUGUGUCUUGGGGAGAAAAUGGAGGAGGGUGGCAUCGAUAACUUGAUGAAGAGCCUGGACAAAAACAGCGACCAGGAGAUCGACUUCAAGGAGUACUCUGUGUUCCUGACCACGCUGUGCAUGGCCUACAACGACUUCUUCCUGGAGGACAACAAAUGACCAGGCUGCCCUCGGCCCUCGCAGCUUCUCUCACACCCUCCUAAGUCUCUGUCCCUCUUGCCCCUC